AUGCAUACGAGUCCGGAGCUUCAACAAAGUCAGAGAAGCAAGGAAGUAAAGGAAGUUGCCCAGAUCACGUUAACUCAAAUCAGCAUCCUCAUAACGAGCCUAGACGAAUCAAAUUGCAAAAAGAUUGAAAACGAGAUCCUAUCACUUCUUGAGAGAUCUCCUUUUGUUGUUUAUUUGAAAUAUUGGAAGAAACUUUUACCACUUGCGUCCGAUUUCAUAAAGCAACACCGCCGUUUAAACACAUCUUCUGAACCACUUCACCGCCUGCUCUACAGUCUUAUUCAGGAUCUUGAGUUCAAAAAUAGAGAGGUUAUCGAAAUCCUAACAAAAGAGGUUUUUCAAAACGCAGAGUUUCAAGCUCAAACUAGUCUGAACUUUACCGAUCUCUUGGCUCUUCUCGACCCAGAAGAAGAUAAACGCAUAAUAGAGCAAAUCGACCCUGAGGCUGCCAUCAAACGCUUAAAAAAACUAAGAAACCUCAAAAUGAAUGCCGCGCAAUCACUACAGGACUUCCUCGCGAGCGAGACCCCAGACACAUUGGAGCAAAACCUGAGCAGCUUGCUCUGUUCACUGAAAGGAGAAAGCUUAAAUGACUCUGUCGCCUUAAUUCUUGCAGAAAUUCUUUCGCCGGGUUCUCAAAACAUACAGCUGCCUUCUACGGCGUGGUUCACUCCAAACGCAAUAAGUGAAGCAAGCCAGAGAGGAACGCAGAUAUCUAACGCCUUUACCAAGCUUGGGCCAUCUGCUAUCAAUUGGAAUAGAGUCUUCAAUCUCAUGUCAACGAAGUACUUUCUUAACCGUCCGAUUUCGAUAUCGCUCGCGUCCUUGAACUCACUGCUGGCCGCUUUAAACAGAGGCCGGCUCAUUGAUCAGUUUUUAAGUUGCGAUUGGAACAUGCAAUUUAAACUCAGCGUUUGUUUACUAUUUCACAAAUGGAAUCUACAACAAGGUUGCAUUGAUCUCCUUAGCAUGCCCGAUAUCAAGAAAGUUACUAACAACAUUCAAAAUUCGAGCCCCAAAAACACUCUCCUUUAUCUCAAAUCUGUUGCGAGGCUAGAUGUCGAGAUAUUUCUGCUGCGAGAAGAGCUUGCAGGAAAUCCACUUCUCCCUGCUUUUCAGGAAUGUUUCUUUGAAGAUUACGACUUGGCUCCUGAGUACUUGGCGCUAGUUGUGAUGUCAGACAACAAGCAUUUUACAAUGCUGGUCGACAAUAAAAGCAUCAUUGAUGACUUGUUGAUCACGCUUUUAGUUAAAGUUUUUGAAAACUCUCCCGCCGCACUUACAGAUCUUCUAAAGCAGCUUCCUUUCGAGAAGGUGGUCGACAUGGGUAGUAUUAUCAUCCGGAAAGAUUCUUCACCUCUGUUGAACCUCGUUCAGGUUUUAUCAGAGGUCAAUAUUCUACCGGAGUUCAUAAAAACCCUACCUCUUCACGAGGCCUUAAAAGUUACGCCUAGCGCCAAGAAGCUCGGGUGGAUAGGCUUCGAAGAUUACAUGAAGUCUCAACUUUCUGCCGAGACUGUACCCUUAAUCCUCGACCACUUAGAACUUCAAUCAAAAAUGGAUGAAAGCAGCACUACAUUCUAUUCAUCUAAGGUUUAUGACCUAUCUGCAUUGCACUAUCUUAUCUCACUACUAAACUCGUUUCCUUUGAGUGGGAAGGAAAGAGAGAAUCUUGAGAAUGUUCAGUUCUCGCUAAUAAUUGCGUUUCCCAGGCUCAUUAACUUCGGUCAUGGCCACGACAAAGCGAUCAUAGCAAAUGGGGAUUCGGUCCCGAUUCCGAUGGAUGUUGAAAAAGAGAUGCAAAACUAUCUUCAAAAGAUGUACAGCGGGGAGUUAGCUAUCAAAGAUGUGAUUGAGGUAUUACGGAAGUUGAGAGACAGCGACGACCCACAUGAUCAAGAUCUGUUCGCUUGUAUGACACAUGCUGUUAUUGCGGAGUCAAACUUUUUCAAAGACUAUCCCUUGGAGGCGUUGGCUACUACAUCUGUUCUUUUCGGCUCUAUGAUCUUAUUCCAACUUCUAAGGGGGUUUGUGCUGGAUGUUGCCUUUAGAGUAAUUCUCAAUUUUGCUCAAGACGGUACUGAAUCGAAGAUGUUCAAGUUCUCUGUUCAAGCCUUGUAUGCUUUCAGAAUGAGACUCAAAGAAUUUCCGCAAUAUUGUAAACAUUUGAUCGAAGCCGUCCCUGCGUUACAAAGCCAGCCCCAAAUUUACCAAACUUUGAGUCAAGCUGCAGCCCAAUCGCCCGAGCGGUCCAAUAAUGGAGCAACUAAAGUUCAAAAACCUCCAGAGAUGAUCGCUUUGAAAUAUUUUGCUAUCAGCGAAGUUCCGCCCAAGGUUUUGCAGGAGAGUCCACCGAAAGAGACUACUGAAAAGAUUCUUUUCAUUGUGAACAAUAUAACUCAAGACAAUUUUGAGGACAAGAUCGAAGCUUUGAAGCUAAACUUAAAAGACAAGUAUUUUGGCUGGUUUUCGAAUUACCUGGUUAACCAACGUGCGAAAACAGAACCAAACUAUCAUUCUCUCUACGCGAGGCUGAUAAAUUCCAUUGGUUCAACUUUACUUCAUGAUUAUGUUUUGAAUGCCACUUUUAAACAGCUUUACCUGCUUUUGUCCACCAAGGAAUUGCAAUUUAAUGAAAAGAACUUUUUGAAAAAUCUUGGUGCUUGGCUGGGUAGCAUAACAGUUGCGCUGAACAAGCCCAUCAGGUAUAACAACAUUGCUUUUAGAGAGCUUCUACUUGACGCCCACCGCGCAGAACGCUUAGAGAUAAUUGUUCCCUUUGUGUGUAGGGUUUUGCAGCAAGCAUCCAGCUCCAAGGUUUUCUUACCACCCAAUCCGUGGACUUUAGGUAUCUUGAAGGUUUUGUUGGAGCUCAACCAAAAAGCCAAUUGGAAGCUAAACUUAACCUUUGAGGUCGAAGUUCUCUUCAAAUCUCUGAAGUUAAAAUUAACUGACGUGGAGCCGACGAACUACCUCGACAACGCUGACAGCAUUGCUUUCAUAAGUGGUGAUUUAUUCAGGUUAACGGCAGAGCAACAGCAGGCCGAACAACAACAAAUAGUGACGGUGAUGCAGCAGUACCAACAACAAGCUGUUUUACUGCACAACAGGCAGCAACGGAAAGCCCAACAGCCCCAGCCACCACAGUCGCAACAACCGCAACAAUCCCAGACACAGCAACGUGCCUCGUCAACCGGCUUUUCCGGCCUGCCGUCAGGGCUCGACCAACCUGUGUCAACAGGCGACUCACAAGCUAACGAAAAUCCUUUCAACACGUUAUUGGGUAACACUCUAUUCGUAACGCAUCCUGAUUUGAAACGCGUUUUCCAAAUGGCUAUAGCGAAAUCUGUGCGUGAAAUCUUAGUACCUGCCGUUGACAAAUCAUCUAGUAUUGCUGUUAUAACAACAGUAAAUGUUGUCCUAAAAGAUUUCGCAACUGAAGUGGAUGAAAUGAAGCUCAAGACUGCAGCCAUUACAAUGGUGCGCCAUUUAGCUCAAAGCCUUGCUCGAGCGACUUCAAUCGAGCUCUUAAAAGAUACUAUUCGCUCUACUACUCAGUCACUAGCCCCCAAUUUAAUGAACGUUCCAAAUUCUCCUAUUGAGGAAUUAAAUGUGGCGAUAAAUGAUAACAUCAGUAUUGCCUUGGCGCUAAUUGAAAAAGCUACCAUGGACAAAGCAACGCAAUAUGUGGGAGAACAGCUAAUGCAGGCGGUGGCAAUCAGAAGGUAUCACAAAGAGAGAAGAUCGGGCCAACUAUUUCUCGCCCAGAACGCCAAUUCGUUUUCUCUUAAUCUCCCUGAGCCCUUGGGUUUAAAACCAACGGGCGUAACUCCUCAACAGUUCAGAAUCUACGAGGAAUUUGGAAAAAAUAAUAUUUUUGAUACCGUUUCUUCCGCUUCCGGUGGUGGGUUCUCCGCAGAAGGAGGCCCAGUUUCUCAACAACAGAUUUUGGGGCAGCAGUUGCUGCAACAGCAACAACGUCAGCAACAACAACAACAACAGGAGCAGCAUCAACAGCAAAGGCAGCAGUUACUAGAGCAUGAGCAACAAAAGCAACAGCAGCAGCAGCAAUUACAGUUACAGCAACAACAACAACUUCAACAACAGCAGUUGCAACAGCAGCAGCAGCUUCAGCAACAACAGCAACAACAGCAGCAACAACAGCAACAACAACAGCAGCAGCAACUGCUUCUUCAGCAGCUACAACAGCCUCAUGCUCAGUCUCAGCCAGGAACUCCUCAGGCCCAAACACAGCCUAGUGUUCAGGUUGAACUGGAACAAAGCCAUAGGGUUCUGGUUUUGCUCAUGGACAGUCUUGUUGCCCAAAUCAAGGAAAACGCCGACAAAGCUCUUGACAGCCUGGGUCAAGAGAAUGGCAUUAAAGACAUUUUGUUUCAAAUUCUGACUUUGAUUUCAAGAAGCAACCAAAAAGAUCAAUUAGCGCUCAAAGUCUCACAAGCGGUAGUCAACAGCAUGUUUGCAACAAGCGAGAGUCCGCUUUGCCGGGAAGUUUUAUCAUUACUUUUGGAAAAGUUAUGCUCUUUGUCCAUUGUUGCUCGGAAGGACGUCGUUUGGUGGCUGGUGUACGCCUUGGAUUCAAGAAAGUUCAAUGUCCCUGUAAUAAGGUCUCUUUUGGAAGUGAACCUCAUUCAAUCAUCAAAACUCGACACAGUAUUAGUUGUGGCUAUAAAAAAUAACAUGGAGGGGGCACUUCAAUUUGCGGUAAAUUUGCUUCGUGACGUAAUUUUGUCUGAGAAGCCUUUGUUCAUGAGGUCUGACUUUGUGCAAACAUUGACAUAUCUGAGAACAGUUGAUUGUGACAUCACAAAUUCUUUCUUUCAAGAUUUUGAAAAGGCAAAUAUACUUCCUGUAAAUGAGGUUCGAAGUGCUACAAACAAAGAGAGAAUGCUCCUUGUCUUCACUGAAUGGGUAAAACUGCUGCAGCGCGUUCCAUCUGACGAUGUCAAAGUUGCAGUUUUUAUAAGCCAGAUGAUUGAAAAAGGUGUGUUGAGCGAGACAAACAAUGUCAUUGAGUUUACUAAAGCCGCGUUGGAACUCUCCGUUGGGUCAUUCAAAGAAAGUGAUCCGACGAGUGAAGUUUUCACUGCAACAGAUGCUUUCAGUAAACUUAUCGUUAAUUUGCUGGUACUGCAAGACUUCAGUGAGGUUGAUCGGUCAAGUUAUUUCAAGCUGAUUUUUUCUGUCAUUACCUUUGUUUUUUCUGAAGAUCAGGGCAAGACUGAAAACACAUUUAAUGAAAGACCUUAUUUCAGGCUGUUCUCCAGUUUGCUGUGCGAUUGGGAAGAUAUCAGUAGCCAUAACUUUGUUAAAGUCGAAGACCAACGAUGCAGGGCUCAACUGGUAGAAUUCAACAAGGAAUUCUAUAGAGUUAUUGCAUCAUUUCUUCACGCUUAUCAGCCAAUAGCAUUCCCUGGUUUUUCUUUUGCAUGGAUUACACUCAUUUCACAUAGAAUGUUUUUGCCUAAAAUGCUGAAACUGCCAGAAAAAGCUGGGUGGUCGCAGCUUGUUUUAUUAUUUACCGACUUACUCAAGUUCAUGGCUCAGUAUACCAAGAAGCAGGAUGUGCCAGAUGCUGUGUCCGUUGUUUACAAGGGUGCUUUACGUGUGUUUCUGGCUGUUGCAAAUGAUGCUCCUGAAUUCCUGGUUGAAAAUCAUUAUGAGCUCUUGAACAAUCUGCCGCAUGUUUAUAUGCAACUCAGAAAUGUCGUUUUAAGUGCGUUCCCAAAGCACGUUUCGAUACCAAAUCCUUACAAUCCGAAGUUGUCUAUCGAUACUGUGAAAAUUUGUGAUCAACCCCCUAAUGUCUUUUAUGAUCCAGUCCACGAUUUGAAAACCUUGAAAAAGCCAGUUGACAACUACCUAAGGAUUCCAAGUGCAUCAUUGUCUAGAACGAUAUCCUCGAAUGUGUUCAGAUCUGAAUAUGAAAAGGAUAAUGGCAUUGGAUUUGACACUGUUUCGGUUGACGUCAAGCUAAUCAAUGCAAUUGUGUUGCAUGUGGGCAUAGAAGCAGCUCUAGAAAAGCAAAGAACUACUGCGAAUGCUGUUUUCAAUGUAAAAUCAUCAUACUACACUUUACUAGCCGAUCUGCUUAAUGAUGGAACCACAGAGGUUCGUUUCCACGUUGUUCAGGCCAUUGCAAACCAGUUGAGAUAUCCAAACGCUCACACGCAAUGGUUUAAUUACGUUCUUAAAAACUUUUUCAACUCUGAAGAGUGGGGCGAGAACAAAACCGAGAUCCAGGAAAUUAUAGUCAGGACGCUUUUGGAACGCAUUGUCACUAACAAGCCACAUUGCUGGGGAAUAAUUGUUACUUUCACGGACUUACUAAAGUCAACCGAGUGCUCAUUGAUGGAUUUGCCUUUUGUUAAAGACGUCCCCGAAGUUGAAUUGAUCAUAAAGCAUUUGUCCAAAUACAUCGUCAAGACCGAAGAAACCACCAAUGAACAGCAAAAUGAAAGAGCACCUGCUGAAGUUGCGUCAAGGGCGUAA